CCACGUUUAAAUUGAAAAUGUUGCAUUUGCAAUCACAACUGGUUGGCCCUGCGGCACGCAGGCCUCAAGCCCCGAGCCUGAACCGCGCUCGAUCUAGACUUACAGUGAAGGCACAGAUUAAGCUAUAUACCAACCCUGGAUCACGCGGCAAGAUUGCCGAAUGGUAUCUUGCAGAGCUCAAUGUUCCUCAUGAGCUUGUUCCGGUCGACAUGCGGCGAGGCGAGCACAAGACACCAGCGUUCUUGGCGAUAAACCCCUUUGGCAAGGUGCCUGCCUUGCUGGAUGGCGACCUGCCACUGUUUGAGAGUGGCGCCAUCCUCUUACAUCUUGCGAACAAGUAUGGCAAGCUGGGCGACAACGAACUGGGUCGGGCCGCACAGUGGACCCUGUUCGCCAACUCGACAUUGUCGGAAGCCUUUUUCAAUGAACGCCAGAGACCAACUCAGAUGCCCGUCAUGCUGCGGACACUGAAUGACCUGCUCACCAAGAAGCCGUACCUGACCGGAGAGGCGUUCAGCGUCAGCGACAUCGCUGUGGGCUCCUACCUGCUCUACCUGCCGCUGUUCUUUCCGGAUCUGGACCUGACGCAGUACCCGGCGGUCUGGUCGUACAUGCAGCGCAUCUCGCAGCGACCCACGUGCCCCAUGCCGUACAAGGAGGCCAUGGCGGAUGCUCUGGAGGUCGCAGCUCAGAGGCAAGGUUCCGGAGCGGGCGGUGUCAUGUCCAAGCUGUUUGGAAAGCGAUGAUGGUGAUGAUGAAGAAGAAGAAGAUGAUGUUGUUGUUAACGACUUGUAAUGACGGUAGCUGUGGUGAUAGUGGCGGUGAUAGUUGGAUGAAAGGGUGCCCUCGUCGAGGUGACGCCGUGGCUUAGACGGUAUUAGUUCCGCCUCCGCUGCGUUAUUUCUGUGUUCCCCACGCAGGGGCUACUGCUGCCGUAGUAGUGCGACGUUGUGCAGUUUGGGUGUAGGUCUUCAGGCAGCAUCGCAGGAAAGUGUGUGGUGGCCGUUUCGUUAAUUUGUGCCUUCUUUCAUGGUGACUUGACUGUUAGUGUUCCCAUGCAACAGCUAUUAUGAAGCUGGGCAUUCCACUGGUUGCCUCCGAACGUAGAGUAAGGGGCACAAUGAGUUGACCGUUGGGGCAGACGGUAAUUGUUUGUAAGGAAAAGGUAUGCAUUACGUCCUGUAACGAUUCUCUCCAUCUGUCCGCAACUCGGCCGACCCGACAGGCGCCCUCCAGCCUCCUAGACAGGUCAACUCACGUAGGCAUAGUAGCACGUUAUUACGUUGCUGCUGCCAAGCUAAACAGCCCCUUAAACCUCUCCACUACGCCAGGCGCGAUCCGCCAUAUCCAUCCAACAGCCAUCCAAUAUAUACCCCCACACGCGAGCGCGUCCCUCCCUCCCGCCCGCCCGUUCCUCCACCUCCCGGUGUUCCCGGGGGGGCCCCCUCACCACCCGCCCACCCAAAGCGUCUUCCCUGCCUCCCAGACGAUGCCGCAACGGGUACAGACGACGGCAGGAAGCAUCAACACCUCACCGGGCGCCUGGGAGACCAUCUGGGUCAGCAGCAGUAGCAGCAGCAGCAGGGGGGAGAGGGGGAGGGGGAGGUGGG